AUGGUACAAAAAGGAUCUCCGUUCCGCGAUUAUAGAAAUAUCCGCAAAUAUCGUUAGCUCUCUACUUACAGUACCCGGUCUCACACAGACAGACAACUUCAUCUACGCCAUCUACAGCAACUUCUUGGAAAAUCCCGGGCUCCAAUACAGUGCUCAGGCUCCUUUUGUGAUGAUUAGGACCGAAAUCGCAAGAGAACAAGAGGUGGAAAGCGAUGGAUUAGGCGAUAUGAGUCCAGUUGAAUGA